UUUACCCUCAGUCUCACAGCCUUAUAGGUUGUGCGCUCCUGUCACUCUCUGUCCAACUGAGGGUUCAUCCCUCUGUGAACGACGAGACUCGCUUUUCUUUCUGCUCGUGUUCACUGAGAGUCGCGUGUCUUGUUUGGCACAUUGUAACGGUUUUGUUUUAAUGCUCAUGGAGACUCUGACAUCUUUUAUCCUGCUAUGAGUUCGUCAGCGGAGAGGCUUCCGUCAGCGGGGCAACUUUUCCGUGCGCCACGGUGUCGCUGAGCCGCGCGUCUUUCGGUGGCAAAGUUCACAGCGCGAACAUGGGCUCGCGGUGAAAAGUCCAGCCGUCCCAUUUUUCCUUCUUCCUCGCAAAAAAACAAGAAAAAAAACACCGUUCGUCGAAAUGCAGAAAAGCGUCCGCUACAACGAAGGGCACGCGCUGUUUCUGUCGGCGGUUGCGCGUAAAGAGGGAACCAAGCGAGGGUACCUGAGCAAGAAGACUGCGGAGAACAGCCGAUGGCACGAAAAGUACUUCGCUCUUUAUCAGAAUAUACUCUUCUACUUCGAGAACGAGCAGAGCGCGCGACCUGCUGGGAUUUACCUGUUGGAAGGAUGCACCUGCGAGCGCGCGCCGGCGCCCAAGAUGUCCACAAUGGGGAGGGAAGCGCUGGAGAAACAGCACUACUUCCUCAUCAUCUUUGGGCACGAUGGACAGAAACCUCUGGAGCUGCGGACAGAGGAGGAGUUUGAAUGUGAUGAAUGGGUGGAGGCCAUCCAGCAGGCCAGUUAUUCUGACAUCAUCAUCGAACGAGAGGUCCUGAUGCAGAAAUACAUCCACCUUGUACAGAUAGUGGAGACGGAGAAGGUGGCAGCCAAUCAGCUGCGUACCCAACUAGAGGAUCAGGACACAGAAAUUGAGAGGCUCAAAUCAGAGAUUGUAGCUCUGAACAAAACCAAGGAGCGAAUGCGGCCUUACCACAUCCCCCAUGAAAAUGAAGACCCAGACAUCAAAAAGAUCAAAAAGGUGCAAAGUUUCAUGCGAGGCUGGCUAUGUCGCAGGAAGUGGAAGAUCAUUGUUCAGGAUUACAUCUGCUCUCCUCAUGCUGAGAGCAUGAGGAAGAGGAACCAGAUUGUCUUCAACAUGGUGGAGGCGGAGACAGAGUACGUUCACCAGCUCUACAUCCUGGUGAACUGUUUCCUCCGUCCCCUGAGAAUGGCUGCCAGUUCCAAGAAACCCCCCAUCUGCCACGAUGACGUCAGCAGCAUCUUCCUCAACAGCGAGACCAUCAUGUUCCUGCAUGAGAUUUUCCAUCAGGGCUUAAAGGCGAGGAUAGCAAACUGGCCAACCCUGGUGCUGGCUGACCUCUUUGACAUCCUGCUGCCCAUGCUGAACAUCUAUCAGGAGUUUGUGAGAAACCAUCAGUAUAGUCUGCAGGUUUUGGCCAACUGCAAGCAGAACAGAGACUUUGACAAGCUGCUGAAACAGUACGAGUCCAACGCUGCCUGUGAGGGGAGAAUGCUUGAGACCUUCCUCACAUACCCCAUGUUCCAGAUUCCUCGCUACAUCAUCACCUUGCACGAGUUGCUGGCACACACACCUCAUGAGCAUGUGGAGCGCAAAAGUCUUGAAUUUGCCAAGUCCAAAUUAGAGGAACUGUCCAGAGUGAUGCACGAUGAGGUGAGUGACACGGAGAAUAUUCGGAAGAACCUGGCCAUAGAGAGGAUGAUAGUGGAGGGCUGUGACAUCCUAUUGGACACCAGCCAGACCUUCGUCAGGCAGGGCUCUCUGAUCCAGCUGCCAUCGGUGGAGCGAGGGAAGCUAAGUAAGGUCCGCUUGGGUUCCCUCUCACUGAAGAAGGAAGGGGAAAGGCAGUGUUUCCUCUUCACCAAACACUUCCUCGUUUGCACACGCAGCUCCGGGGGAAAACUGCACCUUCUCAAGCAAGGUGGCGUUUUGUCCCUUAUUGACUGCACACUUAUAGAGGAGCCAGAUGCCAGUGAUGAGGAGGCUAAAGUCGGUGGUCAGGUUUUUGGUCAGCUGGACUUUAAGCUUGUGGUGGAGCCGUCAGACUCCCCCUCAUUCACCGUUGUCUUACUGGCACCAUCACGCCAGGAGAAGGCUGCAUGGACCAGUGAUAUUAGCCAGUGUAUUGAUAAUAUUCGCUGCAAUGGCUUGAUGACCAGUGUAUUUGAGGAGAACUCCAAAGUCACUGUGCCUCAUAUGAUCAAAUCCGAUGUGCGUCUCCAUAAAGAUGAUGUUGACAUUUGCUUCAGCAAGACGCUCAACUCCUGCAAGGUCCCCCAGAUCCGUUACGCCAGUGUGGAUCGGCUGCUGGAGAGGCUGACCGACCUGCGGUUUCUCUCUAUAGACUUCCUCAACACCUUCCUGCACACAUACAGGAUCUUCACCACAGCAACUGUGGUCAUGGACAAACUCGCCGACAUCUACAAGAAGCCCUUUUCCUCCAUACCCAUCAGGCCGCAGUACCACUCAUUUGACCGUUUGUCCAUCUCAUCCAUGUGUCCUGACUACAGUCUGAAGAUCAAGAAGAUAGCCAUGGAUCAGUCCAAGUCCUUGGAGCUGUUCUUUGCCACUAAUCAGAAUAACCGAAACAGUGAGCACUCAAACGACAAAUCUCCUCGUCUGUGCCGCAAGUUCUCGUCUCCUCCUCCUUUGUCCAUCCCAUCACGCACCAACUCCCCUGUCAGAGUACGAAAGCUUUCCCUCCACUCCCCCAUCACCGCCAGGGUCGGAGGCCUCGACCUCACAAGUCCUCUCUCAAACCCCAGCAUUAAUCCCACUUCUCAGUCUGCUGCGAGUAGUCCCACUUCUGCCCACACCCCAACGACCCCAACGCCUCAGACUCCUACUCCAGCCUCCUCUCCUCCUCUGCCUUCCUCCACCUCUCCUCCACCCAACAACUCCAAGCCACAACAAGACCAAGUUCCUCCCAUUCCUUCUUCACCGGACCAGACUCCUGGACCGACUGCAGAGGGAGAGGACGGCCCCAGGAUUGACCCUUUCUGCGGGAAACUGCGACGGAGCAUUCGCAGAGCCGUGCUGGAGUCAGUGUCACUGGAGAAAAUUAACCCCGAGUCUUCUCAGAGCAGUGAGGCAGGAGACUUGUCUCCGUGUCGCUCUCCUUCCACACCUCGACACCUCCGCUACAGACAGCCUGGAGUCCAGUCAGGGGAGAACUCACGCUGCCCAGUCUCUCCUGCCUCUGCCUUUGCAAUCGCAACAGCUGCAGCAGGACAUGGCUCACCACCAGUGUUUACUAACUCUGAAAGAACGUGUGACAAAGAGUUCAUCAUCCGCCGAGCUGCAACCAACAGGGUUCUUAAUGUGCUGCGCCACUGGGUCUCCAAACACUCACAGGACUUUGAGAUGAACGGGGAGCUGAAGAUGUCGGUGAUCUGUCUCCUGGAGGAGGUGCUCAGAGAUCCAGACCUUCUGCCUCAGGAGAGGAAAGCUACUGCCAACAUACUAAGUGCCCUUUCUCAAGACGAGCAGGAUGAUGCCCAGCUGAGAAUUGAGGACAUCUUACAAAUGGCGGACUGUCCCAAGGCAGAGUGCUUUGAGUCUCUCUCGGCAAUGGAGCUGGCUGAACAGAUCACUCUGUUGGAUCACAUUGUCUUUAGGAGCAUCCCUUACGAAGAGUUUCUCGGCCAAGGCUGGAUGAAGGUUGAUAAGACAGAACGGACGCCUUAUAUCAUGAAAACCAGCCAACACUUCAAUGAUAUGAGCAACCUGGUGGCAUCGCAGAUUAUGACCCAUACUGAUGUGGGCUCGAGGGCCAACUCCAUAGAGAAGUGGGUUGCCGUGGCCGACAUCUGUCGCUGUCUCAACAACUACAACGGAGUACUGGAGAUCACAUCUGCACUCAACCGCAGUGCCAUCUACCGUUUGAAGAAGACCUGGGCUAAAAUCAGCAAACAGGUGGAAUGAUUGUCCAACUGUCCUCUUUUAAUGUCUAAAAUCAGCACGUAAAAAAGCAAGUUUUCAGAAAACGUUUUACGAGUAGAUUUCCUAAGCAUAGUGGGUUAAGAUAGUCAUUUUGUCUUUGUAAUGUCUCCUGGCAGAAUUAUUAG